AUUGAAUGCCCUUCUCAAACAUCGACUUUCUCGAAGGUCUGGUCAUUCAAUCUUCCUCGAGACGAACCUCGAACAUUUGAGGCCCUGAGUAAUUGCGCUGUCGAUUACGGAUAAGCCGCCGAUUGUCUCCAUCGUACGUUUCAACUGCUGGCCGUUUCGUCAUCUCCAACUUCCCCCUUUGCUAUUGUUGUUCGCCGACGACGCCAGCCGCACACAUUUCGUUCCUUCUGCUGAGCUGGCCGUUCGUGCUUGCCGUUUGUGUCCAAUCUCCUACAUCAAAACAUCUCUCGCAAUACGGGGGCUUCGGGGUUCGCGGCGUGCCUGUCAAGCAUAAUCAGCCUCUUACCAUCAUGGUACCUACGACGCCAGCAAUCAGUAUUCACGUGGCAGUUGGCCUUACCGUCCUUUUUACAAUCAUUUACAUUGCCCCAUUCUACUUUUCGCCCACCCUGCGGAGCAAUUCAGUUGCCAAUCGGAACACGCCCUCCGUCAUCGAGGCCCGGAUUCGCGCUGUGAUCUGGAGUUGUGUGGCUAGCGUAGUCAUCACUGUCUCUGUACUCUACUUCAAGGGACAUGCUACACCCACAGAAGUGUUUCAUCUGCUUGGCAUGUGCCCGGUAAACCUACUCGAUACUGCCAAAUCUUUUCUGCUCGUAGUCAUUCUCUUCGCCGGUCCUCUGUUUGAGAGAGCUAUCAUUGAAGGAGACUGGAGAACAUGGGGAGGUGCCGCGAUCAAAGCAACAGUCUACAAUGACCUGAUAGGCUGGCGUAAUCUUGUUGUUGGCCCUGUAAGCGAAGAGUUGGUGUUCAGAAGUCUCGCGAUCUCCUUGUUCGUCCUGGCCCAGGCAACUGCUCAGCGCAUAACGUUUACGUCACCACUGAUCUUUGGUGUGGCACAUGUGCAUCACCUGCAUGAGACUAUCAAUUCUUCACGACGUCCAGGAGCCAGCUAUCUGAGCACUGCUCUGACGCCUUCAGUCAUACUUCCUGGCUUGCUGCGUUCCAUCUUUCAGUUCCUCUACACUUCGCUCUUCGGAUUCAUUGCUGCUUUCAUCUACUUGCGCACAAGUUCGCUUGUAGCAUGCAUCCUUGCGCACAGUUUCUGUAACUGGAUGGGUCUUCCCAGAUUCUGGGGUCGUGUUGGAGAAGAACUUGGCGAGGAGAUGCUGGAUCAGAAUGCUGGCGACAGUAUGACGGACAUCCUACAAGCCGGUGCAAAUGAUCAACGACUGUCAAUCGCUUGGACAGUUGCAUACUAUGUUGUCCUCUUCACAGGCGCUAUUGCGUUCUGGAAGCUUCGAUGGUCAUUGACACACAGUGACCUGGCUUUGGUAAAGUUCUAGACAGAGGUGGUAGUAAAGAAGAAUAAAAUUUUGGUAUCAUAGAAACGCA